AUGGACGACCCGUGUCGAACCUUCCAGCGGUCAGAAGAGAAGUUCUUCUUGGAGUGCGAUACUGGGCGCGUUCCCGUGGUAGCGAUAUUCACGAAGUUUGAAGCUCUGCGUCCAUUCGCUUAUGGAGAAAUCAAGAAGGAAUUAAAAGGGGUAUCGAGUGAAGAACGCUCAAAGAGGAUUGCCGAACGCGUCGAGGAACUGUUCACUAAGACAGGUGUCUGCGAUCGGUUGUGCAACCCUGAGAACCGUGCCCGCCCCAAGUCUUAUGUACGCUUGCAGAAUAUGAACAAACAGAAUACAAACUGCGACGCUCUACUGGAAAGCACCACUCUUGCAUUGGAUGACGAAGAACUGCGGUUGUGCUUGGUAUCAACGCAACAAUCGAACAUGGAGCUUUGUAUGAAGUGUGCUAUCACAAUACUCGUGGAUCGUGCGCAUCAGCUAUUCGUGCCACUUCGAUUCGAUUAUGGAGCCUAUCAGUAUGGAAUUGCGAGGUGGUUUUCACAUCUCAAAGUAAGAGAAAGAUUGAUUCAAUCUGAUGAUUCCCUGGUAAUGAUGCUCACGGAUGCUGGUAAGAUUGCGGUUUACGAAGCUCGAACAGGAUGGACAGCGCUGAUUCCUUGUUGCUACUCGCCUGUUGACAGUGGGAGGCAAGCCGAAGUCUACCGAGACAACAUUAUCAGCAUCCUUCAACCUUUGGUAGGUCGUUUUUCCUCCAUAUUGAUUCUCAGCACUGUAAGAGUGCAACAGGCUCCGAAAGCUUUAAUGUUCGCGAAUCAAAUAAUCCAGACUGGCAUUGCUACUAUCAUCGUCCUCGAGUACUCCGCCUUUCUCCCGAACGACUUGGGGGACUUGGAGCGCGUCAAGUCUGCCGUGGACUACUACAUGAAAUCUCCGACGGCUGUCGCAGUAGAGAAAGGAGCGAAAGAGAUUUGUCGUCAAGGCUACGACAGGGAGGAAAUGGGGAAGAAGAUUCUUGAGUUCAUUCUUGAAAAUCGCUUGUCAAAGGACUUGACUGAGAAGAAGUAG